CUCAAUCUCAUUACUCAUUCUUUUAAUUAGGAUAGCAAGUGAGUGUUAUUAGAAACAAAGAGAGAUUGAGACAGUUAGUAACAAAAGACACAAAAAUAUAACAAUGAAUCAUCAAGACCAAAUGAUGCUUAUGUCUCAGUUAUUCCCAGCUUGUGAAUACACCCAAAUCAUUUCUCAACAAGGAGAGAAGAAACCAAAGCCAAGACGCAAGCGUAGUAAGAAGAACAAAGGUGGAGAAAACAGUGCUAACGACAUGAACAAAAAGAGGAAAUUGAGUGAUGAACAAGUGAAUAUUUUGGAAGAAAACUUUGGAAAUGAACAUAAACUUGAGUCAGAGAAGAAGGAUAGGCUUGCAAUGGAGCUUGGUUUAGAUCCAAGACAAGUUGCAGUAUGGUUCCAGAAUCGAAGGGCUAGGUGGAAGAACAAGAAACUUGAAGAAGAGUACUUCAGUCUUAAAAAAAUUCAUGAAUCCACCAUUCUUGAGAAGUGUCUUCUUGAAACCAAGCUAAGGGAGCAACACUCAGAAGCAUUAAAGCUAAGGGAGCAACUCUCAGAAGCUGAGAAAGAAAUUCAAAGGCUUCGAGAGCCAUUUGAAAGGGUAACAAGCAGCAGUUCAAGUACUUCAUCCAUGUCUCAGUCAGUGGAAGUUGUGGACCCACCUUUUCUUGGUGAAUUUGGUGUUGAUAACGGAUAUGAUGACGACGUAUUUUUCAUGCCCAAUGAAACAUGUUACUACAAUGGCAUGGAAUGGAUAAGUUUGUACAUGUAGAAGAAAAAAAAAAAAAGAAUAUAUUAGUAAUAAUAUAGCAUUUGUACAUAAUGUGAAUGAUCCCAAUAUGUAAAUUAAUUGUUUGCUACUAGCUAGUGUGUUUAUUUAA